AUCCAGGGUUUGCUGUGGGAUGUGUCUGCAGGGCUGUGGAAUCCCACUGGGGGUCUCAGCAGGACCCUCCCCACCUUCCUGUGACACAAAUAAUGAUUCUGCUCAGGGAGUGUGUGUUCUCCUUGCCCUUUGGGGAGCUGCCAGGCCCCGGGAGGUGUCCUGGGGGUGCUGGCAGCCUCCUGUGCCUGUGUCCAGGGCUCUCUGUGAGCUGGGCUGAGCUCCUGCCACAGCACAGAUAAGGAGCUGCUCACGCCUCUUUUAUCUCUCUCUGAGUUCUCCCUGCUGGCCCCCCACACCUCCUUUGCCAUUGGUGUGAGGACAGCAGGGCAUUUUUACAGGGAGAAGGAAUAAUUCACGUGUUGGUGCUUCAUGUAGCCGAGCACACCAUGCCUUCCCAUUACCUCAACUUCCGCUGCAGCGUGCCCUGGCUGAUCCUGUCUCUGCAAACUCUCUUCCUCAUCCGCUCUUUCCUUGUCUUCCCAGCUGUUGGUGACAUCUACUCCCCAUCCAAUUUCUACCCAGAAUUUCAAGAUGUCAACCACAUGGUCAUUUUUGGAUUUGGCUUCUUCCUGAUAGUUCUGAGAAGAUAUGGCUUUAGCAGCAUUGGAUUCAACCUCCUGCUGAUUGUUCUUGGUGUCCAGUGCUCUGUGCUGGUAGAUGAUUUAUUAGUUUUCCUUAGCCUACAGCAAAGUGAAGUUGGCAUGAGAAGUCUGGCAAAGGCUGUGGUGAGCAUGACUGCUGUGGCCAUCUCCUCUGGGGCUGUGCUGGGGAAGGCCAGUCCUGUGCAGUUAAUUGUGAUGACCCUGGUGGAAUUAAUCAUUUUCUAUGUGAGCAGAUGCAUCAACAGGACAUUCCUGCAGGUCCCAGAGCACCUCACCCUGAUGCAUGUGCACCUCUUUGGAGCCUACUUUGGUCUGGCAGUCACCUCCCGCUUCCCUGCGCCUGCCCCAGGGCUGGACAAGCACAGGAGCACCCCAAAGUCAGACCUGUUCUCCAUGCUGGGCACUGUGUUUGUCUGGGUGUUCUGGCCAAGCUUCAAUUCUAUCCUGGCUGACUCCAAGAAGCAAGCAGUGCUCAACACUUACUUGGCCCUCGCAGUGAGUGCUGUGGCUGCCUUCAUGUUGUCUGCUCUGACCUCCAAGGAUGGCAAGUUCAGAAUGACUCACAUCCACAGUGCAGUCCUGGCUGGAGGGGUCACCAUCAGUUACACAGCACCCAGAAUCCUGCAGCCUUGGAUUGCCAUGAUUCUGGGGCUGCUUGGCAGUGUCAUCACCAUCCUGGGAUCUCACUGUUUACAGAGGUGCUUUAAUCGUGCUUUGAAGAUUCAGGAUACUUGUGGAGUUCAUUUCACUUUUGGUUUGCCUGCUGUGCUUGGAGCUGUGGCUGCUGUUGUUCUCGUUGUCAUAGAAAAUGGGAUUCAUAAACAAUGGAGUAAUUUACCCAGUCUGGGCUAUUUGAUCUUUGUUGACAUUGGUGCCUUCUGCCAGACCAUCAGCACUGCCUUGAUAUCAGGUUUGAUUACAGGUUUAAUCUUAAAUGUCAAACUCCUCAAAGCUGUGCAUGUCUCAAAGUACUUUGAUGACCAAUUUUACUGGGAGUUUCCCCACUUGUCUGUUGGAUUUUGAGUGGAGGAUCCCAGCUGACUGACAGGACCAAGAUUUUCCUCUUUAUCACCAGAAAAACUCAACAGCUACAGUUCAAAGAGCACUGAAAUACCAAUUCUGAGGCCCACAAAAGCCACUCCAAAUGGACACUCAAAAAUCAAACUGUUCCAGUUAUUCCUGAAAGAUAAAAUGUAAAUUCACAGAUGCCAAACUUCAGAUGCAUUCAGCUUUUCUACUUUGUUGGCCUUACAAAAAAAAUAUUUAAGAUAUGUACAAAAAAAGUUGGCUGCAUUCUUGGCUUAUCAAUCCAAAUGCUUGGAAACACUGAACUGUGUUUAACUCCUGAGUUUAAAAGGCAAAAUAAUGGAUUUCAAAGUGUAAUUUCUCAAGGAGCAUUUCUUCUCCAGCAAAAUACUCAGGGUUUUUAAGCUGAAUUCAUUGUUCUGAAGGCCUUGACAAGCCAGGAUUUGAUGAGUGAGCUGGAGCAGCCCCAGAGCUCUGCAUCCUGCCAGACUGGAACUCCUGGAAAAAUCUGGGAUUACUUGGCUGGGGGCUGGAUGUUGGGAGGUUGUGAUGGCAAAAAGUUCAGCUGUGGAUGGUGCUGCUGAUGUAAAACACAAACAGAGCUCAGGCAGGGGCUGGGAGGGGAGAGCCUGGCCCAGCACCCAAUUUUGGAGGUGCAGAGGAUUUUCUGCCAGUGAACCCUGCUUUUUGAAGUGGAGUGUGAUCCUCAGUGUUUCUUACUCUCAGAAAUAGUUGACACAGAAAAUCUCCCAGCAGUGCUUAUCUAAUAAAGAGUGAAAACGUG